AUGAGACAACCGUCAAAGGACACGAUCGAUUAUUACAUACUGCCGAACAAGAUUUUGUGCAGUUUGUACGGAAUAUGGCCUUCGGAUGAGAAACCAUCGACAAUUAGAACAGUGAUGUCGGUUUUGCAUAUAUUGGUGUCUAUUGUAGUGGUGUGCAGUAUUUACGUUCCUGAGAUUAUAAUGUUGUUGGCUAGUUGGGAUGAUCUUUCUAUUCUGGCAGGUGCAGGUUCCAUCACACUGACAAUCACGCAAUUCCUCUUCAAAACCGUCUACAUCCUCGCCAAAAGAGAAAGCGCCUACAAAUUACUAGAAGAACUGAAAAGCCUCUGGUACUCAACCGACAACCCCAUGGAAAGACGAUCCUACGAAGAGUUCGCCUACUGGGGAAGGACCUCAACCAUAUCAUUCUUCGUUUCCGGAAUUCUUACCACCUUCACAUUCAUGCUCUCUGCAACUCUAGAUUCCAUGAAACAAGGAUACUUUGACAAUGGUACCAGCAAUCGACAUUUACCAUACGAUGUCUGGCACGGAAUGACGUACUUGAAGUCACCAGAAUUUGAGAUAAUAUAUGUCGGCCAGAUUAUGGCUUCUUUUGCUUGCUGCUGCGCUGUGUGUGGCAUGGAUGGUAUGCUCUUGACGACGAUCUUACACUUGUCGGGACAGUUCCGUUUGAUUACUACAUGGCUGACUAACAUUGGCAUCGAAAUGAAUUACACAACUAUCGAUUUGAGUAAACGACCUGUAAAAAUAGUGGCGGGUUUGAUGAAAUGCAUUCGUCAUCACCAACGAUUAAUUAAGACAGUAAAGGACGUCAACAUUUUCAUGACACCCAUAGUCUUCGUACAUCUCCUCACAAGUGGCAUGCAGAUCUGUCUAACGGGAUUCGCGGUGCUUAGUAAUAAUGUGGGAGCUAAUGUCUUCAAGUUCAUCUCCUACUUAGGAGCGGUGAUGAUACAGUUGGUAAUGCUGUGUUGGCCCGGAGAAAUUCUGAUCCAGGAAAGUCAGAAAGUGGCUUACGCAGCUUACCUGAAUGUACCGUGGUACCAACUGCCGUUGUGUUAUCGGAGACAUCUGUUGUUCGUAAUCAUGAAGGCGCAGGAAAGCUGCUGUAUUAAGGCGUUGACGUUUGAGUCGUUGUCCAGUCACACGUUAACAAGUGUAUUUAAUACAGCGGCUUCGUACUUUACCCUGCUGAGACAAAUGCAAGAAACGCCGAUGUAA